AGUCACGUGUCCGUCACAUGCUAAAUUAUCUUGACGGCGAAAGAAGCACUUCAGAUUCACGGCGAGGCCGCCAUCGACGGCGAAGUUAGGAUUCGUUCUUUAAACGGAGGAGGUUUCUGAGAUUGUGAGACGCUAAUGAAUCCGAAGGAUGAGAACCAGUCAGGAGGAGAUGUUGCUCGUACUCUGGUAGAAUUUUUGGAAGUAGCCAUCACAAUGAUUGUAUCCCUCAAAGGUUUGUACCCGUCUGCGGCAUUUGAAAGGCGGAGAUAUAUGAAUAUGGUGGUACAAAGAGCAAGGCAUCCUGAGCUACGCGACUAUAUUCACUCUGCUGCUUCUGGGCUACUUCCUUUUGUUGAAAAGGGUCUUGUUGAGAGAGUAGCAGUCGUAUUUUUUAGUGAGGAUAAUGUUUCUGUAGAGAGGUUUAUCUUUAAGCUCAUGAUUAACACGUCUUGCGCUGCUUCGGUAGAAGAGGGUCAACUAGAGUUCGCGCUUAAGUCCUUUUUAAUCAAGCUUUCUGUCUCGAAAUCUCUUGUCAAACCUCUUCCCCAAAGCUGUAGAUGGGAGGUAACAGCUUACCUGAGGUCACUUCCGGAAGUGGGUUCAAGCAAAGAUGGAGAGCAGUGGAUUCCAACAGAUACAAAGCAGUGGCAGAAGCCACCAGUUAUAACGCCUGUCAAGUCUUUGAACAGCGAGCCACUCUGCUUGCAGCUUUACUUGGAACACGCAAGUUUCUCUGAACGACACAACCUUGUCAAGCCCAAUCAAUGAUGUAUCAUCUCAUGAGCCAUAAAGUCAGAUAACACAAUUAGCCGCACGGCUCAGUUGGUCCCUACUAUUUCUGAAGCAAGAUGCAUUAUUGUUUUGUCAUUUACUCCCAGGGUGUGACGGAGCCCCACCCC